AUUAUUCAUAAAUUAUCUCCGAGUAUAAUUUUAUACAUUGUACUGAGUUGACUAACAAAAAUGUCUUCCUAUAAAGUAACAUACUUUAACAUUACCGCUUUGGGUGAACCAAUCCGUUUCUUACUUUCGUAUGGUGGACAAGAUUUUGAGGAUAAUCGAAUUACUCUCGGAAAAGGAAAAGGCGGUGAACAAUGGGAAAAAUUAAAACCAAGUACACCAUUUGGGCAAAUGCCUCUAUUGGAAGUUGACGGAAAAGUAGCCCAUCAACAUCUUGCUAUUUGUCGUUAUUUAGGAAAGAAAUUUGGAUUAGUCGGUGAUAAUGAUUGGGAGGCACUACAAAUUGAUACAAUAGCUGAUACCGUGAAUGAUUAUAGAUUAAAAUUGGUUCCCACAUAUUGGAUAGAUGAUGAAGAAUUAAAAGAAAAAAAUUAUGCAGAGGCAAUUAAAACUACAAUUCCUUUCUAUUUAGAAAGAAUUAACGAUCUUGCUGAAAGUGGUUAUUUAGCGAAUGGAAAGUUAUCGUGGGCAGAUGUACAUCUUGCUGCGUUACUCGAUUAUCUUAGUAUGUUAACGCGAUUUAGUAUUGUGGAUAAGUAUCCAAAUUUGAAAAAAGUUCAAAAUAAUGUUUUAGCAUUACCAUCCAUCAAGGCAUACCUUGCUAAACGUCCUAAAACAGACUUUUAACAUUUUUUCGUCAAGCAUGGGCAGGUAGGGACAACUGACCCUAUCCAGAGAUUCAAAUUCCACUCUCAGAUUCAUAGUCAAUAAAACCAUUCGCCGGGAAACUACGAGAAGAAAUCAUUCAAGAUGCAUCAGACUCUAGGUAUACUACAUUUUACCCUACUAUUUUAAGAAUGUAUACAUCUGAUGGAUUAUUAAUCUGAAUGUAGACAGUAAAACAUAUAGACAUGAUAUAGACACUCACUUCUAACUAGUUAGGAUUAAAAUUGUACAAAAAAACAAUAUAUGCAGGUUUAAAAAAAAUGUUCUUAAUAAUCCUGUUUACAUCAAGGCCCCACUCCCCGAGGUUGUCAACUUAUGCUCGGAUCUUUUUUUGCCGAAAACGCUUUGUUGAAGAAAAGUUUAACUUAGCAGAAUAAAAUAGAACACUCUAUUUAUAAGUAUGUGAUUAUAAAUGUUAUAUAUUAUUUCUCUAGGCUGAUUACUCCUGAGUACGCGAUAUCUUCCUAAAAAACCGGUUAGGAAAAAACAGGCUAGCAUUAGAGAAAUAAUAUUUUAAUUUAAUUUAAUUUUGUUCAUUAUGUAAUUUGUAUAUCAUAUCUGUAAUAAAAUUGCCUAUAAAUAAAAAGAAUAAUUCCUAAUUCUGCAUAAUUCCUCAUAGAUCGAGCUAGUAAUAAUGUAAUAAUUUAU